AUUUGUUACUAUUCACACCCCCCUGCCUGCAUGUCUGAGCUAAGGGCAGGAAAAAAAAUGCUACAUGAACAGGGGCGGACUGACAAGUCAUGGGGCCCCCUGGGCAAUAGGGGAUCAUGGGGCCCCUGUGUCCUUGCCCAAACUCAAAAAAGCCUAUGAAAAAGGUACCAGGGGCAUCUCAUGGGGCCCCCUACUGACCCCGGGCCUCGGGCAGUGCCCGAGUUUCAAAAUGGUCAGUCCGCCCCUG